GUCGCUGUCGCUGCUGCGCGGCCACGGGCGCUUGUGCGGUGUCCGUGCGUGUCCCUCGGUCCUCCCGCGCCCCUCCGUGCCCAGCCUGGCAUAAACAACCCAGCCUCUGGCCAUGUCAUGCCUUAAAAUAGAUGUUCCUACAUCAGCCUCCCUCCAGCGGCGGCGGCAGCAGCGAGACAUGGCCGACUGGAGCUGAUCCCGCUCCGAUCCCGCCCCGAUCCCGGCGCCGCAUCCCGGCCCUCGCCAAGGACCGUGGGUGGCAGCAGCAGCAGAAGUGACCCCCAGGCCCCUGUCCGGCCUCUCCUCCGCCCCCACAGGCAUGCCGUGUGGGUCUGGGCAGCUCCCAUGGCUUUCCUGUCCAGGUUCUACAGGAACAGCAGCAGGUCCCCGAGCCGGGCCCCGCGGGACGAGCGCGGGAGCCACCCCAUCCUCAGCGUCUUCGAGCUGGAGCGGCUGCUGUACACGGGGAAAACGGCCUGCAACCACGCCGACGAGGUGUGGCCAGGCCUCUACCUGGGCGACCAAGAUAUCGCGUCCAACCGGCGGGAGCUGCUGCAGCUGCGCAUCACCCACGUGCUGAAUGCCUCUCACUGCCGCUGGCGCGGCGGUGCCGAGUACUACGAGGGCACCGGCAUCCGCUACCUGGGCAUCGAGGCCCACGACUCCCCCUCCUUCGACAUGAGCCCCUACUUCUACCCCGCCGCCGACUUCAUCCACCAAGCCCUCAACGAAGGGAGGAUCCUCGUGCACUGUGCCGUCGGGGUGAGCAGGUCCGCCACCUUGGUCCUCGCCUACCUCAUGAUCCGCCACCACAUGCCCCUGGUCGAAGCCAUAAAGACGGUCAAGGACCACCGCGGGAUCAUCCCCAACCGCGGCUUCCUGCGCCAGCUGGUGGCCCUGGACAACGCCCUGCGGCUCAAGAGGAGCUCCUGAGGGAGGGCGGGCGCUGUGGGGGCUCUGCCUGCCCGGCCCCCGCGCCCCGCCCAGCUCGGGCUCUGCCUAUGGGUCACCUGCAGCCCCCCCAGCUCAGGGGGUCCCCAGACCUGUGAGCCGUCCCCAUGGUCCGGCCCGGGCCCUCCACCUGCAGCUCUGCCACCCAGGGAGGCCUGGCCAUGGCCUCCUCCCCACCCCGCUCGCUCCAAGACGCCUCUGGAGGACUCGGCCCCACGUCACUGUCACCGGUCACUCCAUCCCUGUGGGCUCCAGGGAGCCUUCAAGGCUUCGUUGUCCCCCCCGGCAUCUGCCCAGGCAGUCGUGUCCCUCCCUGCCAGGACACUGCAGCUCCAUGUGUCCCUGUUGUGUGUCCCGUGUGUUUCUGGUGAUGUCAGUCAGCUCUGGGCUGUGGGCCCAGGCAAACUCCUGUCGUAGUGUUUGGGUGUUCCCCAUGCCUCGUGUCACCCUGUGGAAAUAAAGGCAGUGCUAAGGAAGA